CUUCCCCUCCCCCACAGCUUUCUCAUUCUCCACCAUCUCUGCUCCCAAGGGUGUCCAUCCCUCUUAUUCAGGAGUCACUUGCCCUCUUGCCUGCCCUGGGCUCCAGGGAGGGAUUGGAGCAGAGAAUAGACUGGAGAGGAUCAGGAGAAGAUGAGGGAACUCCCCGGGGAGCAGAUGGACUCUGCCAGUGCAGAUCGUGUUCUGAGUGGAAGAGCAGCUCGUACCCAGGCCUUCUUGGCUCUCAGGCUGGCCUCCACCCUUGCCCGCCGCCCCCAGCUUCUCAGGAUCCCUCUGAGAGCCCCGCCCCUCCUGCUCCCCAUUGCCACCUCUUGUCCUUUGGAGGCCAGCUCCUGCUCAUGUCCAGCCUCCGUGCAUUUGCACGGCUUGUCCCCCUUUCUCCAUCCCUGCCUUUGCAAGCCCUUGGCAGUCUUGGGUGGCUUUUGCCACUUCCGCUUAUGAUCUGGCCUUCAUUACCUCUGUACCUGAGAGUGUCAACAGUUGAUGUUUCUGGUGCCAAAGCACUUAGUUCUUUCUAGAGGAGCUUUGUGAGAGUACGUUGAGGGUGUGGGAGAUGACGACAAGGGGUGGAAGGAACUUGGCUCACACUGACUGAUUCAUCAAUGAAUUCAUCUGUCUGGCUGAUUUCUUUUUGUCCUGUUUAUUUAUAAACAAAUCCCUGUUUUAGAGGAUGGCACCCUGGCAGAGGGUAGCUGGAGGGAUCCAGGGAGAAGUCUAGUUACUAAAAUACCUAAGACUAGCAAAAUCCUAUUUUUAAAAAAAAAAUAGUUGGAGUUAUGUGCUCCUUACCCCCAUUUUCUGGGAGAAAGCAGAGCUCAGAGAGGAUUCCAUGACCUGCCCAUGAUCUUGCCUCUGGGGAGAGAUGGGAUUGUGUCCCAGGUGACAGGGUGGCUAUCGGGCCAAGGGUCCUGCCUCUCCCCUAAAUGUUGGAUUUCCCAACUCAGCUCCUGGAGACUAGAGACUGGUGCUUUUUGUCUGUAUGGCCUGCAAGGGUCACUGUUCCUUAUGUUCAGGUGGGAAUGAAUGGAAGGGGACACCCUAGGGUUGGAGUCUCUAGCCUCUCCCCCCUUUCCUCUCUCAGCAGGCCCAGCCCUGCUCAUGGUUUGCUUCUGCCCAGCUUCCCCAUGAGGAAUGGGGUAGGGGCUUCUCUAGCCCGUCCCUCUCCCCCAGAGAGCCAGCCCCACUCGUGUCUUGUUUGUCUUCCCAGUUCUGCCUCACCAAUUGUGCCUAGCUUCAUCAUGAGGAAUAGGAAAGGGGGCUCCUUAGAGGUGGGGUCUUUUCCCCCUUCCAGCCCCAGCAAGACCAGCCCUGCUCAUGACUUGCUUUUCCUCCCCAGCCCUGCCUGCCCAACUCUCCCAUUAGGUACAGGGAAGGGCUCAAGGGGAAGGGGCAGCUAAUCCCCCCACCCACCCUCAGCAGGACCAGCCCUGCUCAUGGCUUGCUUCUCCUCCCCAGCCCUGCCUAUCCAGCUUUCCCAUGAGGAGUGAGCUCUCUGGAUUCAGGAAUGGCCCCUGUGUUCCUGACAGCAAGGGUCUGCCAGGUGAGUGGCCCCAGACCUGGGGGGAGCACAUCUUCCACAUAGCUCUGAGUCUUACAUGCAGAGCUGGCCAGAACCUUUGUUCAUUCACCUUGGCCAGUCCCCUCACCCAACAGAAGAAGAAGCCGAGGCCCCAAGCGGGAACACCACCUGCCCAUUCGAAUGCAGAUCCAUUGACCCCAGCUGCAUCUCUGACAGCCCCAGUCCACAGGACCUCCCUCCCCAUCUGAGGAAUGAUUUAGUGAUCACCUCUCCCUGGCCUUGAGUCCCUUCCCUUUUGUACCCAGGGAUCACUCCAGCCCUUGUUGAAGACUUUGGGGUUCCUACAGGUUCCCUACUAAGCUUUGUGCUGGGAGGGAGGCAGAAGCAGUCUUCCAUGAAGAAUAGCAAAUCUUCCCCUUCUACCUCUGGAGCUCUUCAUAACUUGUUGGGGUACAAGCAAGGCCAUCCCCAUUCUACAGAAAGUCAAACUGAGGUUCCAAGGGAGGAGAUUUGCCCAGGAUCCUAGCAUCAGCAGGAAUUCAGGAAGGAAAGCCCUCUUGGUUAAAGGUUGGACCAAAUCUAGUGCUAUGGAAUGCAGUUGGCAUCAAUGUAAAGUCUUAUCCUGGGGUCAGGGAGGCUUGUGGAUGGUCUCCAAGGUCAGUGUAAGUUGGCCAGCCUAGAACUGUGGCAGCCAAUACAGCUGCUGUGGCCUUGGGCGUUGGCUGGGAGGGGCCAAGGGUGGAAGGGACAGUCUGCUCUCCCCUCCCUGUGUCAAUAUAUUUUGGAGAUCCCUGUUUCCCAGAGCUGAGGCCCAGCAAGCAGACUGUGCCCUGAGCUUGGCAUAACAAUAGUCUUUUGCACUGUGGAUGAUUUCACCACCUGGCAAAGUAUAUUACUUGGACCAGCACCAGGUGUUCACUCCCGUUAUUUCCCAGGGACCUGAGAGCCGACAUCCAUCAUGUCUCUGACAUGUUCACAAUCCUGUUCCCAUCACAGAACUCAGGUUCUGUACCCCACAGACAGAUCACAGCCCUCAACCCUUGAGACAGUCAAUCUAAGAAUGGUCCCCCUGGGACUCAGGAACACCACACAUGAGCCUGCCUUGGGAACAGACCUACAAAUGAUUAUAUCAUGGUCAUAUAAACUCUGCCCUUCUGCCUGCAGGAUAAGCCUUCCUUCUUAGGAGGGGGGCCUUCUGUCUGCAAGCAUUGUUUUCCUCACUCUCAUUAAACUUCUCUUUGUGUCCUGACUCUUCAGCCUCUGGCCUGCUGUGUUUCAGCUCUGGCCAUUGCCGGGUUCAAGUCUGAUUCCAGUCCAGUUGACACCUGUGCUCAGCCCACAUUGUGGGGGGGGGGGGGACAGGCCUGCCUUCCAUCCUGGGAGUCAUCUUCGGGGAAGGCUGUUAAUAAGUUAUGAUGUGCCUGCUUCCACCAGGAGGGCCUCCUGCCCAUGGCCGGGUCACAAUGGAUGCCACCUCCAGGGAAAUCCUGUCCUCCCGUGAUUUGUAAUGUCAGGAGAGGCCUGGGAGAAGGUGUGUCCCUUUGAAGAGGGCAAAGUGCAUGAGGAAUUCUCUGGGGCUGCUUGGGGGCCUCCAGCCUAGGCCAUUGCAGGGCCCACAAUGGCUCCAACCCUCUCCUUUUCCAGAGUUGAAGCUGAAGCCCGGGAGGGGAGGGGAUUUGUUUGAGGUCACAGUCAGGAGCAGAGCUGAGGUUUGAACACAGGUCCUCUACCUGUAAUGCAGCCUGCUUCCUGCCACUCCAGGCUGUUUCCUGCAUGGGAGCAGUUCCUUUAUUAGAUGAGUCAGAGGCUGUUACAAACCGAAGCACUGAUAGAAAUUUGGAUGGAUCUCAGGGAAGCCAGAACCCCAAUAGCUACACCCCCUCUCCCCAGUGUCUAGGCCCUUUACUCCCAGGUCCAUCUGAGGGCUGGUCCCUGGACAAGCACAAACAAAGGUAUUUGGUGUUUCAGGAGCCAGUGACCUUCCAAGAUGUGGUGGUGGUCUUCACAAGGGAGCAGUGGGCUUACCUGGACCCUUCCCAGAAGGAGCUGUACCGCGAUGUGAUGCUGGAGACCUACCGGAAUCUGCUCUGCCUGGGACUCGCCAUGUCUAAGCCCCAGGUGAUACGCCAGCUGGAGCGAAGGGAGGCUCCUUGGAUACCAGAGAGGAGAAUCCCAGAGAGCAGCUGUCCAGAUUUAGAGACUAAGCCUGAAAGCAAGGAGUCAACUGCAAAACUGGGCUUUUUGAUGGAACAGUUAGGACUGAACAGAUGUACAGGGGAUGUUCUCUGUCUCUCCAAUUUAAAGAAAGACUGGGAAAGUGAUGCCAGAUUAGGGAGGCAGCAGAGCACUGAGUUGAAAAAUUCUCAGCAAGUAAAAAUCAUCCAAACAAAAUCUCUAAUUGAAGUGAGAGGUCAUGAAUGUGCUAAAUACAGUCAGAGUGUGAGGCUGAAACCAAAACUUUUUCUACAAUGUGGAGUAUCUCCAGGAAAGAACCUCCAUAAAUGUGCUACACACAGAAAGAACUUCCUUCCACCUUCAGACUCAAAUAAAUAUAAUAGUGUCUGCUCAAAGAAGAUAUUUUCUCAGUAUAAUGAAUGUGGGAAAUCCUUCACUUCUCAGUCAGACUUUAUUGAUUACCUUAGAUUAUAUCCUAGAGAGAAAAUGAUUCAGUAUAAGGAAUGUGGGAAAGACAUAAACCUCAACCUAUUUAUUAAUUGCCAUCAGGCAACAGAUAUUGAAGGAAAAGACGCUAAAUGCAGCAGCUUUGUAGGGGCUUCUCCAGAGAGUAUACAAUUUAUUCAACAUCAGAGAAUCCAUACUGAAGAUAAACCUUAUGAGUAUGAUGAAUUUAGGAAGCCUUUCAAUCACAGCUCAUCCCUUACUUCCCAUGAGAGGAUUUCCACUGAGAAGAAACCUUAUGGAUGCAAUGACUGUGGGAAGCUAAUUCAUCAGAGAAUUUGUAUUGGAGAGGUACCCUACAAAUGUAAUGAAUGUGAAAAAGCCUUCCCCCAGAGCUCAGAAAUCACCCAUCUUCAGAGAAUUAAUAGUGGAGAGAAACCUUACAAAUGUAAUUGUUGUUGGAAGGUCUCUCACCAGAGAGGGCAACUUACUGAACAUGAGAGAACCCACAUUGGAGAGAAACCUUAUAAAUGUGAUCAGUGUAAGAAAACCUUUCACCGGAGCACAUACCUUUACCGGCAUGAAAGGAUUCAUACUGGUGAGAAACCUUUUGAAUGUAAUCACUGUGGGAAGACCUUUUCCGCAAGACGAUCACUCACUCAACAUCAGAGGAUUCAUACUGGAGAGAAACCUUAUAAAUGUGAUCGAUGUGAGAAGACCUUCCACCAGAGUGCACAUCUUUCCCAACAUCAGAGAAUUCAUACUGGAGAGAAACCUUACAAAUGUAAUUAUUGUUGGAAGGUCUUUCGCCAGAGAGGGCAACUUACUGAACAUAAGAGAACCCACACUGGAGAGAAACCAUAUAAAUGUGACCAAUGUGAGAAAACCUUCUACCGGAGCACACACCUUUCCCAGCAUCAAAGAAUUCAUACUGGUGAGAAACCUUUUGAAUGUAAUCACUGUGGGAAGACCUUUUCCGCAAGGCAAUCACUUACUCAGCAUCAGAGAAUUCAUACUGGAGAGAAACCUUAUAAAUGUGAUCAGUGUGAGAAGACCUUCUACCAGAGCACACAUCUUUCCCAACAUCAGAGAAUUCAUACUGGAGAGAAACCUUACAAAUGUAAUCAUUGUUGGAAGGCCUAUCGCCAGAGAGGGCAACUUACUGAACAUGAGAGAACCCAUACUGGAGAGAAACCUUAUAAAUGUGAUGAGUGUGAGAAGACCUUCCAUCGGAGCACACACCUUUCCCAGCAUCAAAGAAUUCAUACUGGUGAGAAACCUUUCGAGUGUAAUCGCUGUGGGAAGACCUUUUCCACAAGGCAGUCAUUUACUCAGCAUCAGAGGAUUCAUACUGGAGAGAAACUUUAUGAAUGUAAUGAAUGCAGAAAGGCCUUCCAUGUGAAGAAAGAGCUUACCCAACAUCAGAGAAUUCAUAAUAGAGAGAAGCCUUAUGAAUGUUAUCACUGUAAGAAGGCCUUCUGCUUGAGUGUGCAGCUUACCCAGCAUCAAAGAAUUCAUACUGGAGAUAAACCUUUUUUAUUGCAAUCACUGUGGGAAGACCUUCCAGCUAAGCACACACUUCAUCCUACACCAGAUAACUCAUACUGGAGAGAGACCUUACAAAUGUAAUCAUUGUUGGGAGGUCUUUUGCCAUAGAGGGCAACUUAACUGAGCAUGAGAGAACCCAUACUGGAGAAAAACCUUAUAAGUGUGAGAAGCCCUUCAAUCAGAGCACACACUUUUCCCAGCAUCAGAGAAUUCAUACUGGUUCAAAACUUUUUGAGUGUAAUCAAUGUAGGAAGGCCUUCUUUCGGAGAACACAUUUUACCUGACAAGAGAAUUCAUACUGGAGAAAAAAUUUAUAAAUGUGAUCAAUGUGGGAAGAUUUUUGGCCAGAAAGGCAAUCUUAGUCAAUGUGAAAAUUCAUAUUGGAGAGAAAUCUUUUGAAUGUAGUCAAUAUGGGAAGUCCUUCCCCAUUGACAGAAUUCUUAUCUGACAUCAGAUAAUUCAUACUGAAGAGAAAUCUUAUAAAUGUCAUGAAUGUGGGAAGCCAUUAGCCAAAGUCACCAUCUUAUUAAGCAUAAGAGAGUUCAUAUUAGUGAUCUCAUCAAUAUAAUCAGUGUAGGAAGGCCAUUAAAGAGAACAUGUAACUUACUCAGCAACAGAACCUUUAUACUAGAGAUAAACCUUGUGAGAGAAAUUAAUGUUGAAAGAUUUUUUUGUGUGAGAAAACCAUUCAACAUCAGACAGUUCACACUGGAAACUUUAUGAAUGUGAAAAGGUUUCUCAUGUGAAGAAAUGACUCAUCUGACAUGAUAAUCUUCAUAGCAGAGAAAAAUUUUAUAAAUAUAUUCUGUGCGGAGUGACCUUCAGCCUGAGCAUACAGAUGACCCUGCAACAGAGAGUUCAUACUGGAGAGUGACCUUGUAUAUGUAACCACUGUACCAAGGCUUUCAAUCUGAUAAUUUACAUCAGAGAAUUAAUAUUGGUAAGGAAUUGUAUGAAUAAAAUCAAUGUCAUGAGGCCUUCAGGCAUACAGGCCUUCUGUCUGUACAUCAGUUAAUAAAUAUGGGAGUAAAGCCUUAUUCUUUAGUUUGGGAAAGUCUGCUUUAGAGAUCUCCUUAUUCUACACCAGAGAAUUCAUACUGAUGAGGAGCCUUAUAAAAGUAAUGAAUGUUAGAAGGCCUUCCAAGUGAGGAUAUCGCUACCCGAUGUUAUGAAAUUCAUGUAAGAGAUAUUCUGCUGAAUAUAUUUAAUGUGGGAAAGGCUUCAGUCUGGACACACAGCUACCCAACAUCAGUGGUGUCACUUUGGAGAGAAACCUUAUAAACAUAUUUAAUGUGAAAUUAGGGUGAAAAAUAAUUUAAUGAAUGUAACUGUGUAACUUUAUAAUUGACUGUGCUGAGGUGCUCUGUUCCUUGAGUUGACAUAUCAUGAAUGUCACAAUGGAGAAAAACAGUAUUUAUGUCAGGAACAAGGAAAGACCUUUUUUCAAAAUGCAGAACUUUCUUGUCUUCAGGAGUAUUAAUUGCAGAGAAACCUAAUAAAGGUAAAAAACUGUGGACAGGCCAUCUUCUUGAGUAUAUAGUGAUCUAACGACAAAAAAUUCAUUCUAGAUAGAAAUUUUAUGAAUGUGGAAAGUCUUCCCUGUGAUUGCACUGCUAACUUGCCAUCCCAGAAUUAAUAUGUGUUGACUAUAAGAAAGAUCUCUAGCAAAUGUAAAAGGACCUUCUUCCAGAAUGGAGAGCUUGCCUGAAAUCAGUUCAUUUAUUCUGAAUACUCUGUGACUGUAAUGAAUGUGGGAAGGCCUUCCUUGUGUGCCAUCACAAAGCUUAUGCAAUGUCGAAAAUCCAUACUACAGAGAGAUUAUGAAUGGAAUUUGUAAUAGGCAUUCUACCAUGGUAAAAACUGUAUGCAACAUCAAACAGUUCUUCCUUGAAAGAGAAAUGUGAUAAACUCAUCCAUUAGA